UACAAUGAGUGCAGAUUGUCUGUGUGUGACAUAAUGUGACCAAAAAUCUGUGUGAAGCAAAUGACCCAACAGUCUCUCAUCUCACAAACACAAACACAAACACAAACCCCACUCCUCUAUCCCCCAAGCAGAGCACGACAGAGAGAGCACUGAGCACAGCAAUCACCAGAAGCUAGCAGAAUCGUGGAGUGGAGAUAGCUAUAGAUUCUCUCAACCCCCCUCACUCCCACUACCACCACCACACGUAACUUCCAUCACUGGUGUGAAUCUCACACACCAUUCACCAAACCAAUUUCACAACAACAACAACAUCAUCAUCAGAUAAUGUUUGGUCUCAAUCUCAAACCAAAAUCCUCCUCCACCACCACAACCACCACUGAUUCCAGUACUGGAAUGGGUAUGCUACUAGUCUUGUUCCCACAAGACAAAUCAACCACCAACAAAUUAACCUCUCUUUCACCUUCAAAAUCCCUUCUCUCCAAAACACAAUCCACCAUUUCCAUUUGUGCCCUUCUCCUCUUCACCACCCUCCUCCUCUUUACCAUCUCCACCAUCCCCACCACCACCAUCACCCCACCUUCUUCCUCCUCCACUCCACGACGGCGCACUUCCCUUCUCCAGAAACCCACCUUCGCCCUUCAAAAAAUGGGCACUCUGUACAGAAGAGGCACCAGAGCCAUGCCUGAUCUCCUCAUCUGCCACGUCGCCGACGAAACCCCAACCGACGACUUCCGCCUCUUCCUCCGCCUCCUCCACCGCUCCUCCCUCACCGCCUCCACCGACGUCAUUUUCAUCUUCUCCUCACCUUCCUCAACCUCCACCUUCUCCCCCAUUGUCCUCCAAGAGAAUCAAGCCUUUCUCUCUCUCCUCCACAGUUACUCUCACCUCAACCGCACCCACGCGCUCAACUCCACGUUCCGCCCCACGCGCUUCUUACACAAGGGAAAGCAAGUGGGAAGUGGAGAGCCAUUGUGGGGCCCAAAAACCCGCAGCAACAGCAGCAGCAACAGCUUCACCAAAAUCAGUUAUGGGUCGGUGCUGAGCUUCGACGCGACCGAGCUGGACCCAGAGAAUUCUCUCUCCGGGUUCCUCGAUCGCGUCCCGCUCAGCCUCCGCCGCUGGGCUUGCUACCCAAUGCUGUUAGGCCGCGUGAGGCGCAACUUCAAGCACGUGAUGCUCGUGGAUGCAAAGAAUGUGCUGGUUCAGUCCGACCCGUUGGGUCGGGUCAGAACCCGGAGCCCCGAGUCGGUUUUACUGUUCACUAAGCACGGGAGGAUGAGACAGUCAGGGGUUUCUCCCGCCGUCGUCAUGGGCGGCGCGCGCGGUGUUCGGCGGCUGGCUGGUGCCGUGGUGGUGGAGAUUGUCCGGGCCGCGACGCAGCAGCACAGGAAGAGGAAAAACCCGGUGACGGACUCGUCGGUUCUGAGUCAACUCGCGAGCAACGAGUUCACUUUGAGGAAUAAGAGCGUGCGGUUGAUGGACUCGGCCGAGUCGAUCCCCGAGUUUGGUUCUUCGCAUAACUCAGGUGCCACGUCAUCAUUUUCUGAUUAUGCAAUAAUUCAACGGGGUUCGGGUAAUCACGACGUUAAUUCUGUUAUUAAGAAGCAAAUGUGUUCGUCGGUGGUUGAUUCUUCUGUCUAUAGGGAUUGUUAAAAAUUGGUAGCAAUUAGCAAAAGCAGAAAAAUAAUAAUUACUUAGAAGGAAAAGGAAAAUAAGAAAAGAAAAUUCAUUAUUGUUAUUUUUUAUUAUAAGAGUUUUCACUUUCACUUUCACUUUCACUCUGCUCCAUUAGCUAGUUCUUUUCCCUAUUUAUUUGUAUAUAUUAUUGUCCAUCUUGGAAUUACAGUUUUGUAUUCUUUCAUGGAAAAGUUAUGGACCAUUGUGUUCAAUGGUGUGAGUAAAUAAAUGGAGCUGACAGAAGAUUACCAUGCC